CAAGAAUUCGCGGACUCCUGGACCCUAGAUCUCGAGGACGAAGCCUGAGCCAAAAAUCCGACAUCUUCAGGUUCUUCUCUUAAAAACAUAAAUUCCGGAAAUUUGUGAUUAACCAGAGACAAGUGCAAUAUCAAAAAAGAUGUCAAGCAACGGAAAACCGGCCGAAGGUUCGAUCCUGACGAAACUCGGUCUCAAACCAUUAACAAAAUGUAACCUCGUCAAAUUUUAUGUCCCGGUCGUCGGUGCCGCUUCGCAUACUGCGAUGUCCGUGAGUGUCAUGAAUCCCAGCCUUGCUUCCAGAAUAUCGCCAAAAUGGGACGUGACAAAUGCUCUGCUUAUUGCCACUCUCGUUGGAACUGGCACAUACAUUUACACUAGAGAACACUUGAAAAAUGCCGAAAAUUGUCCGAGAAUUUGUUACAGUGUAACGGGAGCUGUCUUGCUAAGUUUUGGAUCGGUUUUGGCCUGUGCGAUACUGCGUUCGGUAGCACCGCCAAAUCCAACACUCUGCACAAUUUUGGGACUCGGUUCGUCCAUUCUUUUCAUCAAAGUUGGUUCAAGCUACCUUCAGCACGUUGAUGCGAACACAAAAUAGAAAUAGACAAUCGCAGUCGCGAUAUUCGAUGAAUUUUGUUAACGUUAUUUCCAAACGUGUCACCAAAAAAACAGCAGAAAUUGAUUAAAAAUAUAUGUACAAAGGGAUCACACCGUAUUUAUUUGGUGAACGUUAUCUUGAAUGUCGUCGAAUAGUAAUAACCGGCACAUCGUUUUCUUUUCUUUUUUUUUUUUCAAGUUCUAUGAGCCAAGCUUGUAUAAAACUUGGCUGAUGUUUCGUCUCUUCAUUUAGACAGUACAUCGAGCGGCUUCACUAAUAUUUAAUCAAUGUAGAGAACCUUGGACAACCAAAGUUUGUAGAAUUAUUUGAGGUAUCAGCGAUUGCAAAAUAUAAUUAUUGCAAAAAAAAAAACGCGACUUUAGCAGGCAAUCUCGUCUGCGCUGUUGUUCUUGGAGCAACUUUGAAUAACAUUCAAAUGGUAUGGAAAUAUAUGGCAUAUUUUAUAUUAUA